ACGAAUUGCAGAAAUCACUCAUUAAUCAGUCUCGUUAAUCCGACACAGUGAUCAGCGUACUCCGUGGUCAUCUGACCGCGAGUACACAACCCCGUGUUUUGACACGCACUGGCUGCAGAGAUUAAGUUAACAAUUAACAGGAAAAGCUAUUCAAACCUGUAUGUACAAAGCUAUACAAAUGUUGUUUACAAAUUGAAGCCAGAUAAAUGUGCAUGAAGCCCGUUUAAAAUACGAACAGGUAUAUAAAACUUGGUCGACUCACCUUGUAGCAUUCGUCAAAAUGUCUGUCUGCAGUACACCUCCGAGAAAGCGUGCACGAGUAGAAAUCACCCCCCAAAUAAAGAAGGAGAUCUGUCAGUUUAAGCAGAGUAAACCAAACAUCACUCAGAAUGAAAUCAUCACAUUUGUACGUGAAAAAUUCUGCGUGAAGAUCGGCAGAUCAACAAUUUCCGACAUUUUGAAGGAAUCAUCGAAAUGGAUAGCAGUUUCUUCAUCGGACACCAGCACAUCCCGAAGUAGAAAGCCACACCAAGAAGAAUUAGAAAAUGCGCUGUUCUUGUGGUUUUCAGACGUGAGAAAGAGAAACAUCAUGUUAAAUGACGAACUUCUUAAAACUCAAGCGAAGGUGUUAGGUGACAAAUUAGGCGUCGAAGAUUUUUCAUACAGCACUGGUUGGCUCUAUCGCUUCAAGCUGAGACAUGGAAUUAAGAUGCAUAAAGUCCAUGGUGAAUCAGCAUCCGUUUCACUAGAACUUGUGAAAGAAGGUCGAGAAUCCUUACAAGAAGUGCUGCUGGAAUACAAUCCGUGUGAUAUUUUUAACUGUGACGAAACGGGUUUGUUGUACAAGAUCGAACCAAAUUCAACACUCAGUACUGUCCCCGUUUCUGGCAAAAAGCAGGCCAAAGAUCGCUUGACAGUUAUGUUGACAUGCAAUGCGACAGGAACUGAGAAACUAAAGCCAUUAGUUAUUCAUAAAUACAACACGCCACGUUGUUUCGGCAGAUCAUUUGACCCUACAUCAGUUUGUCACUGGUAUGUAAACAAGAAAGCAUGGAUGACUUCAUUAAUAUUCAAAGCCUGGCUACUGAUCUUGGAUCGGCAAAUGCGAUUGGAGCGACGCCACGUGAUAUUGUUGUUGGACAACGCCCCAUCCCAUGCUACUGUCGACACGACUAAUGUGAAAUGUCACUUUUUGCCACCAAAUACAACAGUGCACAUUCAGCCACUAGAUGCCGGGAUAAUAAAGAAUUUCAAGCUUUAUUAUAAGAAACAACAAAUGAAGUUACACCUUGACAAUGUUGAAGCAGAAGAAAUACAACCCCUAGAUGUGAAGCGAGCUCUGCUUUUUAUCAGGGCUGCUUGGAAUGAGGUGAAGCAAGACACCAUCAUUAACUGUUGGCGCCACACCCGUAUUCUCCCAGAUGCAACUGCUACCAUGGCUACAGCUGAACCCGUCAUCGCCGACCUCGAAGCCAUAAAUGCAAUUAAUGCCACUUUCAACACCAUGUACGGCGACACGGCAUUGAGCGAAGGCUUUUUGACCGCCGAUGACGACAUCCCAUGCGAGGAAGAGCUGACCAAUGACACCAUCGUUGACAUCGUCCGAGGACAGCCUGACGAUGUUAACACAGAUAACACAGAGGAUGAAGCAGACGACAGCGAGGAUCCAAUUAUCCCACCAGCAGCAACCAUCAAGGCACAUCUCACUCAACUUGCAUGCUUCGUCGAACACCACUUAGAUGUGUUUUCCAUUACUGACUUGGACUUCAUUACAAAGAUGCAGGGGACUUUGAGAAAUGUGUCAAAAUGUGAGAAACAGAAAACACUGAAAGACUAUUUUAAGAAGAUGAAGCAAGUUGUCAAGACAGUAGCACUUGCAUUUACACGAGGAAACGUGUGUCGUUGAUGUGAUUAAUUCAGUGAGUAAUGUCUCUAUUGUUAUGUAUAAAUGGGAAAAUUAUUAUUAUUUGUGC